UCUCCUAAACCGCCAAAGCAGAUGAAAUGGAUUUGCCGACUUGAGACUCCGCUUGUGUUACCUGGAAAAGGAACAGAACAUGCUGAAGAAGUUUCACAGGGAGAAGCACAUCACGAGGGCAACGGUGAAGACGCAAAAGUUGCGGGGCAAACGAAUGAUCAAAUUUCACAUAAACUCUCUGAUAACAACAACCACGGUGAGACUACAUCAAAUGCGGCACACAACUCUGCACAUGGGACUUCUUCCCAUUCUGCCACCACCACACCGAAUGCCGGUGAUGGGGCACCAACAACACAAGUGGCUACCACUCUAAAUACUGUCUCUUCUAAUUCUCAGGUUUCAACAAACAACAAUGGAAGUGGUGAUUCCACGGAACAGCCUUCUGUUGCGAACACCAACACCCACAAUCGAACUGAUAAAACUGCUUCAACCUCUUCUUUGACGGCAGACGACAAAACAAUCAGCAGCAUUAUUUCCGCGUCACAGCAGACGGGUAAUGCUGACAGCAGUGUCAAUUCUGUGUGGAUGCGUACUGCAGCACCGCUUCUGAUUGUGGCUGUGUUGUUCUCCAUUACUGUGUACUGA